GAAGAACAUCUGCAUCCAUCCUGUCACUCCAGACAGCGCAUAUUAAACGUAUUUCCACCCCCAAAAGACACCGCCGAAGCGCAUUCAAGAUGGUCAAGCUCGAAGAAGUGCCAGAUGAGGAGCUCUUCGCGGAGCAGGCAGGCCCGAAGGACGAGGAUGAAUGGGACACUGACGAUGGCUCCUCGGACUCAGAUGUCUCUGACGUGGACGACGAUGACUCCUACGAUGAAUCUCUCCUCGAUCGCAUUUACGCUCUCAAAGACAUCGUGCCACCGACCUACCGUAAGCGCAUGAGUAACGCCGCCGAGACAUCAUACUCCUGGGCGACCAGCAUUGCCAGCUUCAGCGGAAAGAGCCUGUGGGUGAUUAGCACCAGUGCGCUAUUGCUCGGUGUGCCGUGGGCGUUGGCUUUUAGCGAGGAACAGCAGGUGCAGGAGAUGGAGAGAGAGAUGAGGAUGCAGCAGAGUGCGAAUGAGCUUCUGAUGCAACCUGGUGGACAAACUGGCGCCAAUGCUGCCUUGUAAGAGCACGAAGAGGAGAAAUGCACAGUUUUGCGGCAUAGCGAUGACUUGUUGCGCUAUGCAGAAUUUGUAUAGCGCUUGUAUUAUAUUCUCUGCUCAUUCACAACAGCAUUCAGACUUGUAGGCAUGGGAAACGAAAUGGCAAGCAGUGCAAUCAGCGAUAGGGCAGGCUGGACAUCCGUAUCGCCCACAGAGCUGCCCACGAUCUAUGUCUCGCCUUGAUCCUUUGCGGAUGACUGAGUCAGCGCGACAAUGGGUCCUAGCAUGACACUCGCCUUGGAGAAGCACACGUUCCUGCAUUGAUGCUCAGCUCGAGUCCCUGUGUAAGCGACGGCAUGUCAUGCGAAAAAGUGCAUUCGAGGAAGCCUACAAGACAAGACAGCAUUUGUCAACAACUAGCCAGCGAUGGGAAGCCUAUUGAGUGCUUGGUGAGGACGAAGGUCUGUUAGGCAGGCUCAAGUGUUGUUGAUCCGAAGAGACAUGCUUAUGUCGAGGAAGUUGGAAACUAGGUACCUGUACCUAACCUACCUAGGUACCUUACCUACAUGUAAGGUAGGUAAGGUAUGUUUGGGAUAUGCUUGCGGGACAGGAUAUG